AUGCGCUUCCCUCCAAAAGUCAACACCAACGUCGCGAUUCUGUUCACAUUCAAAAAUCUGCGAAAGAUUGGAGAGAAUUCAGUGAUUAGUCUUUCCUAUCCAAACUCCGAAGUCAAGGUAGCACAAUUGAUGGCAUUGCCUGCUGCACAUAACGAGUCCACAACAACAAUCCAUCGAGGUAAUUCUGGUAACCGCGGUGGUCGUACUGAUUUUGACGAUGCCGCUUCUUUCUGCCUACAAAUGGAACCUAGUUUGAGCAUUGAUCAGUAA